UCGUUGAAUUGGUAGGUAAAGAUUUCUCAGAGCUAGCGCACGCAGAAAAAGCAGAUAGAGGAGAGCUCCAGUAACCUGAAAUGGCGACCGGGGAUGACAACGACACCGUUUCGUCAAGUCCGGGGGGUUUCCGGCUACGCUGGGACGUGUUCCUAAGCUUCAGAGGCGAAGACACCCGCGCAACAAUCACCAAGAGUCUGUACGAGGGGCUCGAAAAACGCGGCGUCCGAGUCUUCCGAGACGACGACGCCUUGAACCGCGGGGACGAGAUCGCCCCGAGUCUGCUGGAAGCGAUCGAGGACUCGACGGCGGCCAUCGUGAUCCUGUCGCCGAGAUAUGCCGAGUCAAAAUGGUGUCUGGAAGAGCUGGCUAAGAUAUGCGAGCGCCGGAGUCGGCUGAUUCUGCCUGUGUUCUACCAAGUGGACCCCUCUCACGUUCGACAUCAAAACGAACCGUUUGCAAAGCAUUUUAGAGUUUAUGAACAACUGCCUGAAAUCGCCGACAAGGUCCCUAGGUGGCGGAGCGCCAUGGAAAAAGUAGGCGGUAUAGCGGGUUAUAUUAUCAACACCAGCAACGAAGCAGAUGGGUUCAUUCAACAUUUAGUCCAAAGGGUUUUGACUGAAAUAAACAAAACCCCAGCUGCAUACACAGUGGGACUUGAUUCCCGAGUUGAAGAGGUGAUGAGGCUUUUAGACUUGAAUGUUGGAUCCAGCGGAGUUCGAGUUCUGGGAAUUCAUGGCAUGGGCGGGGUUGGCAAGACAACACUUGCCAAGGCUCUUUUCAACAGGCUUGUUGGUCAUUUUGACUGCCACAGUUUGAUCUCAAAUGUUCGAGAAAUCUCAGCAGGACAUGAGGGUUUGCUAUCUCUUCAAAACAAACUCAUUGGUAAUCUUUCCCCUAAUAAGGUGCCUCCUGUAAAUGAGCUUGAGACUGGUGUUGCUGCAAUCAGAGCGAUUGCGUAUGAGAAGCAAAUUCUCCUUGUUCUGGAUGAUGUUGAUAAUGUGAGCCAACUAAGUGCUUUAGUUGGCAACAACACAGAAUGGUUUUACAAAGGAAGCAGAAUUAUCGUUACCACGAGAGAUAUAAAAGCCUUACCAAGUCAUCUUGUGAAUAAGUUGUAUGAGGUGAGGGAGUUGGAUUCGUCCAAGGCACUACAACUUUUCAAUUACCAUGCACUGAGAAGAGAAAAGCCCACAGAUGAGUUCUUCAAUCUGUCCAAGGAAAUUGCGGCUCUUACUGGUGGGCUACCCUUGGCUCUUGAAGUGUUUGGUUCUUACCUCUUUGAUAAGAGGAAGAUAGAGGACUGGAGAGAAGCUCUGCAGAAGCUGAGCAAGAUUCGUCCAGGUGAUCUUCACGAUGUGCUAAAGAUAAGUUAUGACGCACUAGACAAGCCAAACAAGUAUAUCUUCCUAGAUAUUGCAUGUUUAUUUGUAAAGAUGAACAUGAAGAGAGAAGAUGCAAUUAACAUAUUGAAGGGUUGUGGUUUUGCGGGCGAGAUAGCCAUUUCUGACCUCACAGCAAAGUCACUUAUUAAGAUCACUGAAGACAGUACACUGUGGAUGCACGAUCAGAUUAGGGACAUGGGAAGGCAAAUCGUUAGAGACGAAAACCUUUUGGAUCCUGGCAUGCGUACUAGACUGUGGGAUCGUGAUGAAAUCAUGAAUGUCUUCAAGGAUGAUAAGGGAACAAGACAUAUACAAGGGAUAGUCCUAGACUUCGAAUCAAGGACAAUGAAGGUGAGGGAUCCGGGUGGUGACAGAAUUUCUUGGAAUAACUUUCGAAGAGGCCCAACUUUUACCUCUGCAGUUACAUACGUUAAGGAAAGAUACAAAGCACAUCAUCAAAAUAAAGCAGAGAAAAAAAGAGAGGUUAUAAUUUGCUCAAAACCCCUUGCAGCAAUGGUCAGUCUUAGACUGCUUCAAAUUAAUUAUGUGCAUUUGGAAGGAGACUUGAAGUUUCUUCCUGCUGAGUUGAAGUGGUUACAGUGGAAAGGUUGUCCCCUGAAAUCUCUCGCUUUGGAUUUUUUUCCUCUCCGACUUGCCGUCCUUGAUCUUUCAGACAGCAAACUCGAACGUUUGUGGCGUGGGCGUGGUCACAAGGUGGCUGAGAAACUGAUGCUCUUGAAUCUGACCGGCUGCUUUAAUCUAACUGGUAUUCCUGAUUUAUCUGGUAAUGGGGCCUUGGAAAAGCUUAUUCUUGAGCAUUGCACCGGACUCACUAAGCUUCACAACUCUAUUGGGAAUUUGCAGACAUUAGUCCACUUGAACCUUCGAGAAUGUUCCAACCUCAUUCAACUUCCAAAUGAUGUCUCCGGCCUGACAAAACUUGAGAACCUAAUCCUCUCUGGUUGCUUGCAACUGAAACAACUGCCAAACAACAUGGACCGCAUGGUAUCAUUAAAAGAACUUCUCCUUGAUGACACUGCUAUAAUAAGUCUUCCCGAAUCUAUCUUCCGGCUUACAAAACUUGAAAAGCUCAGUUUGAACAGGUGCAAAUAUUUGAAAGGGCUCCCCGACUUGAUAGGAAAGUUGUGUUCUCUGAAAGAAAUCUCCCUUAAUGGGUGCGAAAAAUUAGAAAAAAUACCGAAUUCCAUGGGAUCUUUGGCAAACCUUGAGAAACUAAGUUUGCUCUGGUGUACAUCACUGAGCAUUAUUCCCGAUUCAAUUGGCAACCUCAAAUCGUUGAUGGAGUUUUAUAUUUACGGUAGUCCAAUCAAAGAGCUGCCUGUGUCCAUUGGUUCAUUAUCAAACUUGAAGGAAUUAUCGACAGGGAACGGUCAAUUUUUGAGCAGAUUGCCUGAUUCAAUUGGAGGUUUGAAUUCUCUAGUUGUGCUAAAAAUAGAUCAGACAUUAAUCACAGAUCUCCCACAUGAGAUUGGUGCCUUGAAAACACUUGAGAAGCUUGAGAUGAGGAAAUGUGCAUCUCUUAGAUCAUUACCAGAAUCAAUUGGAAGCAUGAGAGCCCUAACUUCUAUAAUCAUAACUGAAGCUGCUAUCACAGAACUGCCAGAAUCAUUAGGGAUGUUGGAAAAUCUUACCAUGUUACAGUUGGACAGAUGUAAGCAGUUCUGUAAGCUUCCAGUUUCAAUAGGACAGUUAAAGUCCUUGCACAGAUUGCUGAUGGUGGAAACUGCAGUGACAGAACUACCCGAAAGCUUCGGAAUGCUUUCUUGUUUAAUGGUUUUAAAUAUGGGAAAGAAGCAUCAAAAGAGGGAAGACACAGAAGAGAUUAAUUUUAUAGUUCCAGCUUCUUUCUCAAAUCUAUCCUUGCUAUAUGAACUGCAUGCUCGUGCUUGUAAUAUAUCUGGUAAAAUUGCAGAUGAUUUUGAGAAGUUGUCAUCACUCGAAAUCUUGAAUCUAGGCCGUAAUAACUUUUCCAGCCUUCCAGCCAGCUUGAGGGGCCUGUCUCUUCUCAAAAAGCUUCUAUUACCUCACUGUAAAAAGCUCAAGGCUCUGCCCCCGCUUCCCUUGAGUUUAGAAGAGGUGGAUGCUGCAAACUGUAUUUCAUUAGAAAGUAUCUCUGACAUUUCAAACUUGGAGAACUUGGUGAUGCUGAACCUUACAAGUUGUGAGAAAGUUGUGGACAUUCCAGGACUUGAAUGCUUGAAGUCCUUGGUAAGGUUGUAUGCAAGUGGUUGCACAGCUUGCUCAUCAGCUAUUAAGAAAAGGCUUGCUAAGAGCUACAUGAGGAAAAUACGCAAUCUUAGCAUGCCCGGGAGCAAGAUACCAGACUGGUUUUUUCAAGAUGUGGUUACAUUCUCAGAAAGAAAAAACUGUGUUCUCAAAAGUGUGAUCAUAGGUGUUGUAGUCUCUCUGAACCAGCAAAUACCCGAUGACAUAAGAGACGAACUUCCUGCAAUCGUGGACAUUCUAGGACAGAUCCUCAUACUGGAUUUUCCUACCUUCACUUCAGCUUUGAUCUUAUUGGGAGUGCCAAAUACAAAUGAAGACCAAGUUCACUUGUGCCGAUACCCAAUUCACCAUCCCUUGGUUUCUCAGUUGAAAGAUGGUUACAAGAUACAUGUAAUGCGAAGAGAGCCGCCGAUGAUGGAAGGGGUUGAGCUGAAGAAGUGGGGGAUCCAUUUGGUCUAUGAAGGUGAUGAUGAUUAUGAGGGAGACGAAGAAUCAUUAAAUGAAAGCCAGCAAUCUCCUUCAGAAAAGAUGGCAAGGUUCUUCAGCUCUUUUGAAGAAGGUGACUGAAGAAAAUAGUUCAGUUGACCAAAGCAAGUGAACAAAGAAUGUAUAUGGACCCACAGUUACAUUAUUUCUAUCUUCUUAGUGCUUUCUCUUGUCUUUCUGUUGCUUUACCAAAACCAACUACUCUUUGCAGCCUCCUUAUAUUCUUACUGAGUUUUAUCAUUUAUAUUUUUACCUUUCA